AUGGUGCGUCAGCUGCACGACGGUAUGAUGGCGCGCGUCACGGACAACGGAGCUGUCUCAGAGGCAUUCGCAGUGACCAACGGAGUGAAGCAGGGCUGUGUGCUGGCGCCUACCCUCUUCAGUCUUAUGUUCUCUGCCAUGCUGAUGGACGCCUACCGCUACGAACGCCCUGGAAUCCGCAUCGCCUAUAGAACGGACGGUCAUCUGCUGAAUCAUCGGCGCCUGAACUUCCAAUCGCGGGUAUCCACAGCCACCGUGCACGAACUCCUCUUCGCUGACGACUGCGCCCUGAACACCACCUCGGAAGAGGAGAUGCAACGGAGCAUGGACCUAUUCGCCGCCGCCUGCGAGAACUUUGGGCUGGUCAUUAACACGCAGAAGACGGUGGUCAUGCACCAACCGCCGCCCAACUCACCCACAGCCCCCAACGCGCCGCCGUAA